CUUCAUCCUCUUCUCCUUCUUCUUCCAGUGAGUCACCGGUCACAGUCCCACCAGCCAUCCUCCGAGCCCCACCGGACCUUGCUUCAACACGUGGCCCAAUCCCAGACAGCGACGCAAACCUCGGUCGUGGUGAAAUCCAUCCCCACCUCUUCCGCUGGCGCCAUCACGCACAUCAUGCAGCAGGCCUUGAGCAGCCACACGGCUUUCACCAAACACAGCGAGCAGCUGGGCACCGAGGAAGGGGAAGUAGAAGACACCUUGGACCCUCAAACCGGGCUCUUCUACCGGUCGGCUUUGACCCAGGUGCAAAAGCAGCAGAAGCUGACCCAGGCCCAACUGGAGCAAACUCAGCUCCAAGUCAAAACCUUGCAGUGCUUCCAAGCCAAGCAGAAGCAGACCAUCCACCUCCAGGCGGAGCACCUGGCCGCCAAGCUACCCCAGCUGCCCCAGCUCUCCAUCCGACACCAGAAACUCGCUCCCCUCCAGCAGGAUCCGGGCGCCGCCAAACUGGACUCGCAGCAGGCCGGCGCCCCUUCCGUCACCCGUGAGAGGCAGCUGCCCACCUUGGUCGCCCAACCCCAACAGACUGUGGUUCAGGUGCUGGCGGUGAAGACCACCCAGCAGCUGCCCAAGCUUCAGCAGGCCCCCACGGCGCAGAAGAUCUACGUCCAGCCCCAGAGCCAGCUGCAGCUCCCUGCCGCUCCCGAGAAGGCGCCCACAAGCCAGGUCCACCAGCCCAUCAUCACCCAAGGAUCGUCUGUUACAAAGAUCACCUUCGAAGGUCAUCAGCCCCCCACGGUCUCCAAGGUGACACCUCCCCUCCCCACCCUGUUUCCUGGGCAGUUGGCCGCCAAGACGGCGGUGGCGGACAUUUUGAAGAUGUCCAUGAUGGAGGCCCAGAUCGAGCCCAGCGCCGGAGGCGAUGCGGCGCGCAAGGCCUGCCCCCCUGCCCACCCUCCGGGCGAAGCGGAGUCGACCCCCACCUCCGUGCUGAAGGCGGCCCUGGGAGGGGUGCCCCCAAUGGGAACGGCUUCCGUCUUGCAGCAGGUGAAAACCUUGGACUCGAAUUCGAGCCCUCCUGGCAUGGGGCUGCCUCUCCAGGAGAGGAAGCUGAACCCCCCGGCUCCCCCCACCGCCAGCCAAUUCAUCCGUAUCCAGAAUGUCGCUGCCCCCAAAGCUGAGGAACUGGCGGCCGAAAUCCUCAUCCAGACAAUCCCGCAGUAUUCGGUGGCCUGCCAUUCCACCUCCAACGUGGUGGUCGAGCCCAGCGGUCUUCUGGAGAUGAACAACUUCACCAGUCAACGCCUUGACGAGGAAGACACCGUCAUGGAGCAGGACAUGGACAGCAGCAACGAAGACGGGACGGAGCCCAGCCCGACGCAGAGUUCAGGACAGACCUAGCGCGAUUCGGGAAGUUGCGAUGCACUUUAAGGCAACCGCCGAAGGCCCGCCUGGCUGUUGGUUUUCCGGAAAGCUCUUAUCUCAGUUGUAAGAAGCACUUUGUAUGUCCGAGGUCUUCGAGCAGGCUGACGUCCAGCCUCGUUCACGGCAACAGUAUUGGGGAGACCAGGGUUGCAAAACGGUUUGGGCGAGCGAGGCCCCCCACGUCCGCCCUGUGGCAACCCGGCGACAGUAGAAUGUAUUUUCAUUGAAGGCAAGAAAGCAAAAAGGACACGCAGUGAUUUUUUUAUUAUAUUAUUAUUAUUAUUAUUAUUAUUUUUCCCAUGAUGGUAUAUUGAAGUUUCGUUUGCUACGAUAUCCUGGAUUUUCUAUUGGAAUAUUGUGGUGGUUUUUUAUUUUUAAAGAAAAAAGGAAACGGCAACAGCCACCAAACUAACAUUCUCUAUUCUCUCCCGAAGCCACGAACCAGAGUUUGCCGGUGAACGCGUUUUCAUCAAAAAGAGUGAUUUUGUUUUUAAAGGUAUAGCUUGUUUCUCUUAAAAUUGAUCAUAGGAAACGUUCAGACAUGCUGUUUUACGCAGGGAGGGAGAAGCAGAGAAAGACGCUGCUUCUCGCCUUUUUUGUUUCCAAGUAAAUUUUGAAGUAUCAGCUUUUAAAACAAAAUGGAAAUCAAUUUCAAAAUAUUAUCCUUCGAAACGAAAUGGAAGUCAAUUUCAAAAUAUCCUUUGAAACAAAACGAAAGUCUAAUUCAAAAUAUUAGCUUUUAAAACGAAACGGAAAUCAAUUUCAAAAUAUUAUCCUUUGAAACGAAACAGAAGUCAAUUUCAAAAUAUCCUUUAAAACAAAACGAAAGUCAAUUUCAAAAUAUUAGCUUUUAAAACGAAACGGAAGUCAAUUUCAAAAUAUCCUUUAAAACAAAACGAAAGUCAAUUUCAAAAUAUCCUUUGAAACAAAACGAAAGUCUAAUUCAAAAUAUUAGCUUUUAAAACAAAACGAAAGUUAAUUUCAAAAUAUUAUCCUUUGAAACGAAACGGAAGUCAAUUUCAAAGUAUCCUUUGAAACAAAACGGAAGUCAAUUUCAAAAUAUCUUUUAAAACAAAACGGAAGUCAAUUUCAAAAUAUCUUUUAAAACAAAACGGAAGUCAAUUUCA